AUGUCUCCUCGGAGACUCGUUGAUGUUACCCUCGACAUUGCCCCUUCCAUCCUCGAGCUAGCGGAGAGUGCCCUCGCACUUGCUCCUGUUCCAGGGCUACCGCUCAUCGCGAAAGGAUUGGGGUUUAUUGUCGUCCGAGAGAACAGCGAAGAACUUGAUGCCUUCCUUGCCCAGGCCAAGGAGCUGGAGGCCGUUAUCGAAAGGACGAUACAGAAGGCGGAAACCGUGGUUGAAGAAUGCGAUGGUAAUGACCACGACAAGAAAGAGCUGGCCGAGAAGAUCAAACACUCAGAGAAGCUUCAAGAGCGGACACGGGACCUACUAGGUACAAUCGGCGAGCUUCAGGGGUCGGCGGGGGAACUGAAGGGCGGUGCAGGAUUCUGUGGGUUCUUCAAAGGGGCUAUCUAUUCAUCUCGCAAUCAGGCUGUCUUGUCAGACAUGAAGAAAGAAAUGGCACAAGCACUGAGGAUUUUCAAGAUUCGUGGCUCAAUCUCCAUCGAGAAUAUCUUUGACGAGGUCGCACUAGCAACAAAGGAAAUUCAGCGUCAAUUGCGGGAAGCCGAGGACCUCAAAAUCAUCGAAUCCAUCCCGUGGGCAUCUGCAGGCUAUCGCUCGGUAGACGAGCUCAAGAGUGGGUUCAUGCAAGGUACCCGAAAAAAUCUCUUCGCGGAGCUGGACCUAUGGUCGGCUGGACGGUUUCCCGAGUGUGGGCCGAAGCGAUUCUACCUCCUCAGUGGUGGAGCGGGUAUGGGCAAGUCUUCCGUCACCCACCAGCUCUGCGUCCGUCUUGAUGCGGCAAGGGAACCCUCGCUCAGGUUAGGCGCAUCAUUCUUUUUCGUCCGCGGUGCUGGCGACCUGGAGUCAACCAGCCUGUUCUUUUCAACCUUCGCGCGGCAGCUGGCGUUGUCCCGGCCAGUCCUUCGGCCCUAUAUCAUCAGCGCCGCGCGAGAGUACCUUCAGCAUGGCGAGCGGCAGCAGAUGCACCACACGUUCCAAGAACUCCUUCGAAAAGCUCUCACUGCCGCACCCGUGUCCGAGCAGGUGCCGACGCUGCUCGUCGUCGACGGCAUGGACGAAUGCAAGGACAGGGCCCUUGUACCUGACCUCCUCCGAUACUUGCUCGAGCUGGUCCGAGAACUACCCUGGCUACACGUCUUCGCCGCGUCGCGACCAGAGCCUCACAUCCUGUCAGUUCUUGCAUCUCCCGGCUCGGCAGAUCUCGUUCAUCAUCGGAGAUUGGACGACACGCUGAUGGAUGGGAGCGACGACGUGAAGCGUUAUCUCAGUGAUGUGGUACCGAAGAUACCCUCAUACGCCGAUUUCCUGCGCAAACACCCUGACGCCCUUGAACGCCUUGCCCGACGUGCAGGCGGGCUGUUCAUUUUCGCCCGCAUCGUAGUGAACUUCUUUGACACGAUCCACGACCACCCGGAGGAGCAGUUCGAGCUUGUUCUCUCUGGUGGAGGUACGGCGCUGUCGCCUCUCGAUGCGCUGUACCUGCAGAUCCUACGGUCCGCUUUUCCCCCGGAGACUUUGCGCACUUUGCCUGCCCGGCACAAGCGCCUUCUCUCGCUGCUGCGUUUUGUUGCGUUGGCACGACACCCCCCGACCCCUGAGACCAUUGCGUUCUACGCACGUGGGCUGUCUCUGGACGAUGUCUUCACCGUGGUGGACCACCUGCGUUCCGUGUUGCUGGUCAACAUGAACGGGCGCGUAGUACCCCUUCACGCCUCCUUCUGCGAAUUCCUCGUCGACGAAGGACGCUGCAGCGAUGCGCUCUACCAUGUGAACUCUUCCGAAGGACACGCAUACCUCGCAACCGCUUUCUUGGCGUCCAGUUCGUUCGAAAACUACGCAGAAGCCCUGGUCAACGAGAGCACGCAUGUCGACUACCUGGCCAUGAAAAUAGGCUGGCGGGAACACCUUAAGCAGGCCAAGCAUACUGCAGAUUUGGAGGCGCAGCUAUCUCAGUUUGUGCACAGUAUCCAACUGGCCCUGUAUCUAUGGUUCUACAAGGAGUUCGAACCUCGGCGAAAAGACUAUCGUAUCCGGUGUAUAUGGAACUGCCUACAGCCGUGUAGAGCCAGGACAGCAAUAUGUUCUGAAUUUCUCAAAUUUGGUCUUUACAUCGAGCUAUGGCAGUCCGCCAUGCUCAAUUCUCCAGGUCUUAAGUUACCACGAAUUAGCUCGGGUGACAUAAUCAGAACCAGUCAGACGCUGCCCUCCGAAAUCCAAGAGCUCCUUCCCAACCUAGACCUCACCGUCGAAAGUGACGACUUGAUACGAUAUCAGGCCAUCAUGAAGAGCUUCAUGACAGAAAUCAUGAAGCAGGAUGAAAGAGCCAGGUCGCUUUGGUGCCUGGGCCUUGACAUGUAA